CUAAAUAUAUUAUAUUUUUUUAAAAUCUACCAAAAAGUUACGAAGGUUAAGUUAAAAGUAAAUGUUUUCCUCCACAACAUUUUAAUAAUGUCUAAUGUCUAGUCUAAGUCUCGUCAUAUCAGUCUAUGUCUAUAAUACACGUAUUGUAUAUUAUCUAUUGUUAUUUUAUUAUACCUAUCUAUCAAAUUCUUUGUCCUGACUGACUGACGCAACAGACUACAGCCUGCAUCAUUGGACGCAGAGACUUGAAGUUUGGAAGAAAUAAUCGUUAUGUGACCUAAGGUGCAGAUAAGAAACGAUAUUCGGAAUUAUAAUCCAUAAGAGGGUCAAAAUAAGACGUAAAGUUUGUACGGGAAUAAAUUGAAACCGCCAUUCGUCAUUACAUGAGUGAAGUUAAAAUAAAUCGGUGACGCCAUGGUUUCAAUAUGGCUGAUAGAUAAAUAACAACCAACCUUAAAAGCUAGUAAUAAGGAUAAUAACGAGGAUAUAUAUGUACCGACAUUAUUAUUAUUAUUUUAGAGUUUGGACAAGAGUUUUGCGAUAUUUACAUAUGUACCUAUAUAAUUAAAGAGUGCGUUCGCUCAUCAUGAUGUUUGUGAUUGUGAAUGUAUAUUCCUCUUUUAUUUUAUUUAAUAUUUUUUUUAUUCUAUUGUGUCCAUCGAAUCUGGCGCUAAAAGUAACUGUGUAUGAUAGAAGAUUGCAUGACCAAAAUACCUGGCUACAAGUAUAUACUGGUGCUAGCUAUAAGCUGCAUUUUCACUCCGAUAGCAAAUUAAGUUUCUUCUUAAUAGUACUGGACAAUAAUGACAACUUGCGUGUAACACCGUACACUAACAAUAAAAUGAAAUUUUAUAUUUCGAACUCCUCAUUGUCAUCAUCAGCCUCAAAUCAUUUUUAUGCAGUCGCCUCUAAUUUAGAAAAUACCUUUAUAUUAUGUAUUACUUUGAAGAUAUGUACGAAAGAAAACAUAUGCAUAUCACCUAUCGUUGUCAAAGGAAGAUUUGUUUCAAAUAAAACUCCGCUCUCAAGAACAGAUAAAGUUUGCUUACAGAGCGUCGUAAGUUGUAGCGUUGUGGUGAGUUUGUCAAACGUCACAACAGCCUCUGUCCUGGAAAGAAACGGAACACAUGUAACCAAGACGACAUCGUCUACAACCACUAGGAAGCCGGUGACGAGCGUUUUCGGUGUUACUGAUCGGCCAGAGAUAGUUGCCUCCAGUUCGAGUGAGUCACACUAUUUGACAGCGACUAUCCUUAUGGUUAUGGUACCAUCGGUGGUGGUGUUGUUGCUGGCGAUCAUCACAGUGACCUGCAUACGUUGCCUCCGUCACCCACGAAAACCUACUCAGCCAGCUAAAGACAACUUUUGGAAUCGGUUCUACGUAAACAUGCUGAUGCGAGAGGAAUGCGAUGCGGAGAUACGCGAGCGCGAGCUACGCGACGAUAUAGAACUGCAAUAUGAUUACGUGUACGCCGGCCGACCGAGAUAUGCCCCUCGUACAUAAACAAUAAUGGAUCGUACAUAAUGAAUACUGUUACACUCGGCAUCAAACAUCAGUUUUGAGUGCAGUGAAGUGCCGAACUCAGCUAUUCAUCUACCUACGACUUGAGUUGAUCUAUUUUGUACAUCCAUUAGCACGACAAGGCAAAUACUAACGAGACGAUUUUUGAUUUAUUAUUUUUUUCUAUUAUCGUAGCGUUAGGUAUUUUUAUAUGUCAACAUAAUUUAGUAGGUAAUGUAAAAAAAUCCUAUAACAACAAUAACAUAAGCCUAUUUGCUAUCAGCAAUGUUCAAAAUAAUUUGUUUACCCAUAUUAUGUCAUUAGUCUGUAAGCCUUCUUUAUUACUAAUAAAAAAAUGAUGCUCCCAAUUAGAUAGCGCAAUGAUGUUUAGCGAAUACUAAUUUUAAUAAUUGCACAAUAUGAUUAUUCUAAUACUUAUUACACAAUGUUCUUGCAGGACUAGGGCUCGCCUUACAUGCGAUUUGUUCAACUCUAAAUGUAAAAUGUAUAUAAACUCAAAAUCAGAAUUCUUACAAUUAUAAUAUUGGUAUUAUGCUAUGAAAUAAUAUAGGCAUUAUGUGCUUGACA